UUCAUGCCGCUGCUGAAUCCUUCUCCCACUGAUGGGACCAGCCCCGAUGCUCAAUCUGGGAACUGCAAAAAUCUGCAGAAGGAGAAGCUGCCAGAAAACCUGCUCUCGGACCUGAGCCUGCAGAGCCUGACGGCGCUCACCUCCCAGGUGGAGAACAUCUCCAACACCGUCCAGCAGCUGCUGCUCUCCAAAGCGGCCGUGCCACAGAAGAAGGGCAUCAAGACCCCGGCGAGGACCCCCGAGCAGCUCAAGGGGCAACACUGCAGCCCUGAGAGCAGCACCUACUCGGCGGAGCAGGUGGGGACCCCCCUGUCCGACCCCCUGAGCACCCCGCAGUCCGUCCACGCCGAGGCGCAGGACACUGACUAUCUCAGUGGGUCGGAGGACCAGCUGGAGAGGAGUUUCCUGUAUUGCAACCAGAACCGCAGCCCUGCCCGCGUCAACAGCAACUCCAAGGCGAAGCCCGAGUCCGUGUCCACCUGCUCCGUGACCUCCCCGGACGAUAUGUCCACCAAAUCAGACGACUCCUUCCAGAGCAUCCACGCCAGCCUGCCCCUGGAGACCUUCACCAAGUACGUGACCAAUGAACGGGACUGUCCCCGGCUGCUCCUCAGCGCCCUGUCCCAGGAGGAGCUGGCUUCUGAGAUCAUCGUCCUGCAGGAUGCCAUCAGCGAGAAGUCAGACAAAGCCUGGGCCAACUCGCCCAUGCUGAGCAAGGAGGCCACCAAGUCCCCCUUUCAGCUAGAGAACCACCGGCCCUGCCUGGACUCCAUGGUGAAGGGCAGCUGGCCCAGCCAGGGUGACUCCAGCACCCUCACCGAGCCACUGAAGCUGGACAAGGCUUCGGGGGCCAGCGCAGGGAAGGACUUUGGCGAGGAGGUGUACGAGGGUCCCCAGGUCGAGUUCACGGCUGCUGAGACCAAGGACACUCUGAAGGACGCGGCCCCGCUGGCCUUCAACUCCAAGCCCAGCAUCCCAGCAGCAACGUCGAGCGCAGGAGCCACCGGCUACAGCUGCUACUCGAACACCACGGCCAACUCGGUGGGGUCUGAGAAUGCCAUGGAGCACUUCGAGUGGCCGGAGGAGAGCCUGGGUGAGGCAUGCCUGCGGUGGAAGGAGCUGCAAGCCACCGACCUCCCCAAGGGCUUGUUCCCCAGCAAACUGGGGGGCUCCUGCAAGGACAAAAAAAAUGCCUGUGGGUUGGAUCUAUGUGACGGCGAGCAGUCGGCCAAGAAUGAGCCGGCCCGGGACUUCAGCCAGCAGGCGAUGGAGGAGGAGGAGGAGGAGACGCUGACCUACGAUGAAGCGGCAAAGGCGGACAGCGAGAGGUGGCUGCAGGACACCCGGCACUGCUGCUCGACCGGGGACUUCAGCGAGAUCCCCAUCAUUUCCUCACCGGAGCUGAAGGAGUCGGACCUGGAGGCAGAGGAGUACUCCUCCCUCUGCGAGCUGGCCGGCUCGGAGCAGAAGUCGGUGAC